AUGGCUAGCAUUGUUAGGCAAGACUCAGCAAGUUGUUGGCUCAUUAAGAAAAUCUUUCUGAGGCUGGCAAGAGUCUGCCAGUUUUUACCAAAAAGAAAUAGCUAUCAGAGUCUGGAAUCAGCAUAUAGACCACCAAUACCAACCUGGCCAACAGAAGAGACAGAAACAAUUGGUGAAAACCGUCCACUUUUAACUUCUUACAAUGAAGAUGUAUUUGCUAGUCGACUGCAAGCUGGUGAUGAUGAAGCACAUGAUCAUCCAAAUCAAGCAGCCAUUGUGUCAAGAUUGCCAAGUCAUCGUGCUUAUUGUUGUGAUGGGGGAUAUACCUUAACCCGAACUUUAGCAAAGAAACGGAAAUCUCGUAAAAGUCAGAGGGGUGGUGAUGGAGUAAGUAACAGUGGAACGUUAGUAUCUCAAUCUGUGUCCAGAACUCUAGGUCGUCAGUUGACAUUAAAUCGAUCAGGUAUCGAGUUAUUUGAUGAUGAAAUUGAUUAUUUAUCACCAGAAGAACAGAGAGAAAGUCUGAGGUCCAUGGUGGCUAAACUGUCAGUUAAAAGAAAGUUUAUUAGAAGUCACGAUAAAGUUUUCUAUGUUUACUUAUUGAAGAUCAGUGAAAUACUAUCUUAUACAAUGUCAAGAUAUAGGGGUUAUGGAGAGUCAUCCAGGUAUGGUCAGGAUAACCAAUGGAGAGAAGAUUUAGCCCCUGAUUAUGACGAUCAACCAAGUAGAACUAAUAACCGCCAAUAUUCUAAUAUUGACAAUAGUAGAAGUGUAACUAGAGGUCCACAAUUUCCUCAACCACUUGAUAAUAAUGAAAACAACUAUUUAAAUAUGUAUACAAAUUAUCCUGAACAAUUUAGCCAGUAUCGAUCUGGGAAACAGCCAAUCAGAGAAAACAAUGUUGAUAGCAGACGUGUAAAUAACUUGAGAGAAAGAGAUGAAUAUGGUCCACAACAGCCCUCUUCAGGUGUAAAUGAUAGAAGGGAACAUCAUUCACCAAGAAGACAGGAUUACCCUGAAGAUGAUCCUCCUCAAGAUUAUCUAGAACCCCACGUUCUAAACUAUGAAGAAAGUUUUCCAAACUAUAAUGGGAGCAUUAAUGCAGCCUAUCUGCCUGAUAUUGACUCAAGUGGUAACAAUAUACAAGACUAUUCACAUGAUGGGGGAAAUAAUUUGAGAUAUCGCAAAUCAGGAGGUUUAUAUCAAAAACAUCUGCAAGGCAGACGUCGAAAUAUGUCUGAAAGGGUGGAAGAGGACAGAGUUUCUAAAGAACGAUUACGAGAUGUGUUAGCUACUAUAAGAAUUAAAGGUAAGAAGGUAUAUAGAGGUGAUGAAGAUGAACAAGAUAGAGAAGAAGAAGAAGAACAGCAUGGAUUACCAAGCCUAGCUAGGAUUAAACCGAAAUCUCUUCAUGAAAAAUUACAGGCCAAGGAUGCAACUACUACUGAUCUAGCUGAAGGACUGAGAGAUUUAGAUGAAGAAGAUGGUUUUAAGUCAGUAAAACAUAAAUUUAAACAGUCUUGGCAAAGACAAAAAGCUGAUAUAAAAGGCUAUUUUUAUCAGUUUGAAUUAUGGGCUAGUACUUUUAAAGAAAUUGAAGGUAAAUUUGGUACAGCUACGGCAUCCUACUUUCGCUUUACAAGAUGGCUGAUGUUUUUAAAUAUUUACAUAUUUUUGAUAACUGUACCUGUGAUAGUUUUACCAACAUUUUUUUCAUCCAAUCAGAAUUUUGUCGGUAGUUACAAUGUAACUAAUGGAGAUGAUAAUGGAACCUCAGUAUUUUUUGGAAUAGAAGAAGCUGUAAAUUGUAGCCAUGCCUAUAAUGAUCACAUUAGAAAUUUUGAGAAAGACACCUUGGAGAAAGUUUUGAAUUUUUUCAAGGGAGCAGGAUGGAUGGAAAAAACUCAUUUAUUUUAUGGUUUAUAUUUCAAUUUAACAUUUACUACUGAUGAAAAUGAAGUUCAACAUUUUAACAUUGGUUUAGCUUAUUUAUUAGCAAUUGGCAUCACAUUUUUAAUUAGUUUUAUACUUAUUCUUAAAAAUUCUGGUAAAAGUGUUAAAGAAGGUGUUAUAGAUCAAGAAGAAUCCAACACUCUGUAUUGUAAUAAAGUAUUCAGUGCUUGGGAUUUUUGUAUUUUUAAUGAAAAAGCUGCCAAAGUUAAACAUGCUAAUAUAUCCUAUGAAUUUAAGGCUGAUUUAGAAGAACAGAGAUUAAGAUUAAGAAGAGCUGAUCGCUCUGCUAGAGAGAGAUAUAGACUCUAUGCUGUUAGAUUUUUUAUCAAUAUAUUUGUUAUUGUUGUACUUGGUGCUUGUUUAUAUCUUAUCUACUGGACAACAGAAAAACUUUUAGAACUGAAUAAAAAAGAAGAUUUAGGAGAAUUUUUAAACUUGGUGAUAGAAUUUUUACCAUCAUUAACUAUUACACUAUUAAAUGUUAUCAUCCCUCUAAUCUUCUCUUAUAUUGUCACUCCUGAAGAUUAUAGUCCAGUAUUUGAGUUAAAAAUAACAUUAUUUAGAACAGUAUUAUUACGUUUAGCAUCGUUGGGGGUAUUAGUAUUUUCAUUAUAUUUUCAACUGGUAUCAGUAGAGAAUGCUAAAUGUAUCCCUGAAACAGGUGUUUGUUGUGGUAAUUAUCAGUGGACCAAUACAAAUGAUAAAGGCAGUAUUAAAUGUUGGGAAACUUACAUUGGUCAACAAUUUUAUAAGUUGGCUUUAUUGGAUUUUGCUGUCGUCCUGAUUGUUACAUUUGUAUAUGAGUUUCCCCGAACUUUAAUUUACAGUAAAUAUAAUCAUAAAAAAUUAUUACAACAGAUUGGUGAACAAGAAUUUGAUUUACCUAAAAAUGUAUUAGAUAUUGUUUAUUCUCAAACAUUAUGUUGGUUAGGAAUGUUUUUCUGUCCAUUAAUACCACUCAUCACUAUGUUAAAAUGUUUUAUUAUUUUUUAUGUUAAAAAGUUAUCUCUGAUAAAGAAUUGUGUUCCUACAAAAAGACCCUACAAGGCAUCCCGCUCAAACUCAUUUUUUAUGACAGUAUUAUUGAUAUCAUUUAUAUUAUCAGCAGUGCCAUUAGGUUAUAUGUUAGGAAAUAUUCCACCAUCACAGAGUUGUGGACCUUUCCGAGUUUAUAGUGCACCAGAUUAUGUCAUGUUUAAUUCUAUAACUGAUGAAAUCGGUACGUGGCCAAAUGCAGCUAAUCAAGUCUUUUCGUUUAUGGGUACUGUUGGAUUUUUCGUACCAGCAAUGAUUUUAUUAUGUUUGGUAAUGUAUUAUUAUUGGGCAGCAGCACAAGGUUAUAAGAAAAAACAGGAGUUAUUAAAAGAACAGUUGAAAUUGGAUGGAAGAGAUAGACAGUAUUUAUUAGCCAGAGUAAAUGAAGUCAUAAAGAAAGGAGAUUUGAUGUCAGAUACAACAAUAACUUCCUAGCUCAACACUCUACAGUGUCUUUUUAGUCUUUUUAUGCAACAUGUCAAUUAUAAACAUUAUUCUGUGAUAUUACACGAUUUUUAACUUGCAUGUCAUAAUACUUACUCACUGAAGACAGAGUUGUUUUCAAAAAAGUAAGUCUAAAUUAUAUUAAUGAAAUCAAGUACUUGUAUGAUGUUAAUAUUUAGCCUUAAUUGACAAUCUGUAUCAACAAAGUAAAUUGAUAUUGUAUGAAUCAAAUCAAGUAUGAUUUUAUCAAAAUUUUGUGAUAUUUAGCUGUAAUUUAAAUUGUAUGAAUCAGACCAAGCGCUUGUAUGAUUUUAUCACAAUUAUUUUGUGAUAUUUGGCCUUAAUUGGCAAACUUUAUCAACAAAAUAAAUUGAUUAUGUCAUAACUUGUAUGAUUUUGUCAAAAAUGGUUUUAAACUUUUGUGAUAUUUAGUGAUAAUUUAAUAAAUCAAAUAUUUACCACUGGUUUAAUUAAUCAAAACAAUUUGAGAUUAUAUCUAAUAUCCAUGAAUUCAGGAGUGACUGUGUUGUCAGAAAGGAAUACACAUUGUCUUCCUUAAUAAAAGAUAUUGAAAUAAGCU